GCGGCUCCAGCAGCGAUCCCUGCACCGGGCUCGGCUCCCGAGUCAUUAAAGCGCUUUAGCCAAGGGUGGCUCAGCCGCCCCCGGCCAUCGGGGCUGGCUAUAAAUCCCCUCUCCACCCUGGCAUCUCCUCACUGCCUCUCCCGACUCCUCCUCUCCGCCUCUCUGAGCUCUCCCCCAGCACCACCUGGCCAUGGCUUCCACCCAGCUGGCCUGUGCCACCCCCUGCGAGCCCAAGUGUCCCCAGCCGCUGGCCAGCAGCACCAACGAGCCCUGCGUGGUGACCUGCGGCGACUCGCGGGUCAUCAUCUACCCCCCGCCCGUGGUUGUCACCUUCCCGGGGCCCAUCCUCACCACGUACCCCCAGCAAACCGUCGUGGGAGCCUCGGAGCCUUCAGAGGUGGCCCCGGUCGAGCCCCCGGCCGCGGUGGCCGCCGAGGUGACGGUGGGGGACAAAGUGGCAGCGCCGGUGUUGGCUCGCCCCGAGCCGCGCUGCGCCCCCAAAUAUUCCUACAGCUACUCCUCGCAAUGGACUCAUCCAUGCAAUUCCUACCGCUCCGGGAAGCGCUGGACCUGCUGAGGCCAGGCCGAGGGAAAUUCCGGGUGAAAUCCCAGCGCUGCGGCUGCGGAAUGUGAAAUCCCGAGAGCUGCGGGAGUUCAGCCCCGCCACGGGAGGGUUCGCCUUGCGGUUCCUCCGGGUUUGGUUUUUUUUUCCCUUAGUUUGGAGCUGUUCUCCCGCAGCUUUGCUGCUUCCGCCGUGCUUUGGCUUAUCGCGGGUUUUUUACUGGCACUGAGCUCGGAGAGGUGACUUGAAAUGCUCGGAAUUGCACACGGCAACGCUGCCAAAAAGGGAAAUUCCCCGUUUUUACAAGCGGCAUCACUUGGAUGCUGGUGAUUGGCCAGAGCCUCGCUGAACCCCUGGAACGAUGCUCUUUGUAUCCUGUACAGUUUGGUUCCACAAUUGUAGGAAAUCUUCUAUUUCCAAAUAAAUUUUCUUGACCGAAA